AUGAGUGUCGUGCUCAAGGGCGGGCGCAUCCGCAUCCUGUCCAAGGAAGAAAAGGCGGCGCGGCGGGCGGCUCGUAAGGGAAAGAAGGGAAAGAAGAAGGCCGGCCGGGGCGGAAAGGCGGGAGCGCGGCCGAUGAUGGGCCCGAAGGACGUGGAUGUCGACGCGUUGGCGUUUAUGGAGUCGCUGCGAGCCACUGUGGCUGCAGAGGCUUCCAAGGUCAUUACCGAGGUUAUUCCGGCCAAGAUCAGCGAGAUGGCCGAGCUCGUCUCGUCGUCGCAGUACGACGCGCCCAACUGGGCCGAGUACCGCAAGGCCAACCUGGACAUGGUGACUUCGUCGGGCAAUCUGUUUGCCGGCACGCUCGGCACCACCGGCGCGGCGCAGGAUGCGCUCAAGUCGCCGCUGCCGCGGUUUAUGGCGGCGUCGCCGCGGGUCCAGCCGUUUGGCACCUUUCCGUCGGUGACCGCGACACCAAGCGCGUCGCCAUCGCGGCGCCCGUCGCUCGUCCGCACAGCGUCAGCGAGCAAGGGCUCGCCGCAUCCGCCGCACGGCCAUGUGACCGGCAUGACUUCUGCCUCGCGCGCUGGCUCGCCAUGCUCGGGCUCGGGCUCGGGCUCGGGCUCGGGCUCGGACGCGUGCUCGGCCGGGUCGUCCGAUUCGUCGGCCUCAUCCGACUCGUCGUCCCUCGAGUUUUCGGGGCCCAAGAUGCCUGCCGCGUGGCGCGCGAGUGACGCCGAGGCUGCGCAGGUCACCGCAGACAUGCUCGGCCUCGACGGAAAGUGGUCCGACGCCGAGGCGCUCAAGGCGCUUCGGGUCCGAGUCAACUCGGUCAUCCUCCCUCUCUCAGACAAGAUCAAGCACGAGAUGUAUGUCUUCCUCGACACUGUUGCCACCAUCAAGAACUGGAUCCAGCUCCGCGUCCCGUCGUCGACCGACCGCGUCAAGCAGUUUGACGUCGCCGUUCAGAUCACGGUCCUCACUGAGGUCAUGGGCUACGAAGCCACCGUAGUUGCCCAGCUCCGCAGCAUCCACCGCUACUUUCAGUCGCGCGGCGCGCUCGUCGCCCGUGUUCUCCGCCGCCCCUGGAACGCCGACCUCAUCAACUCGAUCAUCGACCUUGACGACCGCUACUUUUCCAAUCUCUGGGUCUCCUUCUCGCUCCUUCUCUCCGCCUAUCGCGCCCUCCACGACUCGCUGCAGAAGAACAUGCCCAAGAUCCUCUCGGGCUCGGAGCUUGAGCCGCGCGUUGGCGCUGUGUAA